AUGUCUACCCAAUUAUCUAUGGAUAACUUUUCACCACUAUCGAGGAGACAGUCGUCGUACGACAUUGCUGUGGCACUAGGGAUGAAGCCGCUACCGUCUUCGUCCUCUUUCUACUCUCACGGCGGCCUCGACGUGUACAUACCCAACACAUACCCCCAUCGAGACCACUUGCACAAUUCCUCGCACAGUUCACCCUACUCCUACCUCAACGACUCGCAUAGUGGAUUCCUCCCAGAACUACCUCUGUACGAGGGUCAGCCACAGGCGCUACCACCCCCGCACUUUGCGAUGCGACCACAGAGUUGGGCUGACAAUAUCAGCCAAUUUCCACCGCAUCCGCCGGCGAACGCCUCGCUGCUCCAAAACAUGUCCAUGUUCACGUCGACGUCGACGGCGCCUCACGGACCCUCAAUGGGAGAUCUACCCGACGCUCAAGCAACCGGCACUCAGCCAGCGUGGACCCUGUCAGGCUCGCUCGACCCCGCAACAGGCGUCUUCCAGCGCACGCCGGAGCACCCCCGCCUGCGCACCGCGCAAGCGUGCGAGAAGUGCCGCAUCAGGAAGGCAAAGUGUAGCGGCGACCGCCCCUCGUGCCAGCGGUGCAUCUCGCGUAAGCUAGACUGCGAGUACGCGUCGGAGCGCAAGAUGCGCGGGCCGAACAAGACAAAGCGGAAGAGCGUCAGUGCUGCAGCCGGCGGGCGCGGCCCCUCCCCAGCGUCGUCGAGCGAGCGGCGCAUGUCCAUCGCCUCUUCAAGCUCCGGCUCUGACGAGAUGGGUGCCGCUUUUAAUAUCCCUCCCGCCGUCGUCGCUAGCCGUCCGCUUGACGAGGUCAAUGAGCCUUCGCCCAGCCACCAUCAGUUGUCCGUUCCUGGCUUCGUCCACUCCCCUUUGCACUAUGCGCAAACUCCCAUCGAUCCACUCCUCCAGGACCCUGUGCACCACGAGAUCAUCAGCCCCCAGCGCCGCCCCCGCCCACCACCGCUCAACCUGGGGGAGAACCAUCUGUUCCCGAACGUGCAGGUGUUUCCACCCUUCGAUGCCCCUGAGGCUAUCCCUGGUCCCUCCUUCCACCCAGACGACAUCACGACCGCGCGACGCGGCUCGCUCCCGACGUAUCUGAUGGAGUACUCGCCGAACGACGCCGCCUCCAUGUAUUCGCAGCCACGCUCAAACUCCGCGUCUGAGGGGUCAAUGCACACCCCGCUCACGCCGUCGUCGCUGCCUAGCUUCGACGAUUUCAUCGAGUUCCCCCGCUCCUUCAGCAGCGAGAAGUUGCCGACCGUGAAUGACACGCAGGAGGACGCCGAGCGAUGGGCUACGGGGAGCAGCGACGCGGACGAGACUCCACGGAUCGGUAUGGAGAACAACCUGGGGCCAAAUUCACGGCCCGAGUCCUGA